AGUAGCGAGCAGCGAUAACAACUGUUACAAAGUGUUAAUCAGUCAAAAUAUCAGACUGGGUAUUAAAUUUGUGAAAUGUGAAUUGACGCAAAUAUAGAAAAUUGGUGACACAGUUUGCAUAUAAUUACGAAACUGAAAGUACAUUUUCAGAAAAUCGCUCUUUGUAAACAAAAUUGGCCUGAUUUAGAUUUUCAAGAAAUUGCGUCCACUGUGACGCACAGAAUUUAUUUUUACGGGUCAUUUGUCAGAAAAGUGUGACUAUGACGCAGGAUUUGUGCGUCGGGGAAAACCCUGUGUAAUACAAACAAAUACAUCGUCUAUGGGACAAUAUGCAAACAUUUUAUUUUAGCGAAAAAAAAAGAUCUAAUCCUAAGUACCUAGAAGUUACAAGCACUUUACAAGGACUUGAAUACUGUCAAGUCAGGAAGACUACCAUUUACAAAAUGGCAAGAGGGGGACCUUCCUUGGAAGAGAUGGAGAAGUUAAAUCUGGACCAGUUUUUGGACAAAGACGUUGAUCUUAGUCAGUUUUUCAGUAAACAGGAGCUCCAGGUUAUGGGCAGUCAUCAGCAAACAAGACUGAAAAAUAUUGCACAGAACUAUGAAAUAAUGCUGUACAUGGGAUUACCAGCAAUUAAACCAGAUUUCAUGAAAGGACGAACCCAUAGGGCAAAAGAGGCCAAAAUUAGAGAACAGGCAGGUUAUAGAAGUACUGUAACUGUUAAAGAGAGGAAAUCUUACUCUGACUCGGACAGUGAUGAAACAUGGACUCCAGAUAUGGAACGAAAGAAAAGAGCAAAAGAAAAGAAGAUGUAUCCAGCUUUCAUGACAGCAAAGAAGCGUAAAUGUAAGAAUGAUGGAAUAAAAGAGAAAAGAGACAUGUACCAGAAAGAAUCCAAAGACCAUACUCCUGAGAAGAAAGUGUAUGACUUGAGACAGAGAAAAGCUGUUAAUUUCAUGCACCUUGAAGCACCUGACGAUGACCAUUUCUUAUAUUGUGAGGAAUGUAACAAAGAAUAUGAUAUGGACUGUCCUGUACAUGGCGCACUGGAGUAUAUUAGAGAUGCAGAAGUGAGCUCAGAGUAUGAUCCAGACAGAGCCCUUCAUACUUUACCUCCGGGAUUGGUUGUAAAGCCCUCGGGUAUUGUUGGUGCAGGUCUUGGUGUUUUCACAGAGGAAGAGAUACAACCACGUGUCAUGUUUGGACCUUACGGUGGAGUUAAGAUAUAUGAUGAGAUGAAAGCUCAUGACUCUGGUUAUUGCUGGCAAAUCUAUGCUGAUGGCAAGCCAAGCCAUUUUGUUGAUGCUAAAGACAAGGUCACUGCAAACUGGAUGAGAUACGUAAAUUGCGCACCAAGUGAAUCAGAACAAAAUCUGGUGGCAUUCCAGUUCAAAGGUGGCAUUUAUUACCGAUCAUACAAAACCAUAUCUCCAGGGACAGAACUUCUUUGCUGGUAUGGUAAUGAGUACGGGAGAGAACUUGGACUGGUUCGAGAUAAAAAUCUGCUGAUCCGACCUAAACUGGUCAAUGGCACAGACUGCUAUCCCUGUGUGUUUUGUAAGAUUGCCUUCACUACAGCUACAUAUAAUGUGAGACAUCUUGUUAGGAUGCACGGAAAAGAUAAACUCUCACAGACAGACAUACAAGUACUUGAUAAAUGGCUUAGAAAAAAUGACAUGGAAGAAUACACAAAGAGGAGGAAACAUAAAUAUAGACGGAUAGAUGCAACCAAAAACAAUAGUUAUAUUAAUCAGCAUAGGGAGAAGUUGGGACAAAGUAUAGAAAGUACAUACACAGACACUGAGCUACAGUCUACUGGAGAGAGUUUGUACAAGAAUGACAUUCUUUAUGAUACUGAAUACAAUGGAGAAACUAAUGUAGGAGAGAAAUGCUUUAAAUGUGAUGUUUAUGGUUAUGAAUGUAAUCAAGGCAGUGAUCUGAAGACACAUAUGAGAAUACAUACAAGAGAGAAAUGCUUUAAAUGUGAUGUUUGUGAUUAUGCAAAUAAUUUCAGCAGUGGUUUGAAGACACAUAUGAGAAUACAUACAGGAGAGAAAUGCUUCAAAUGUGAUGUUUGUAAUUAUGCAUGUAAUGUAAGCAGUACUUUGAAGGCACAUAUGAGAAUACAUACAGGAGAGAAAUGCUUUAAAUGUGAUGUUUGUGAUUAUGCAUGUAAUGUAAGCAGUGAUUUGAAGAGACAUAUGAGAAUACAUACAGGAGAGAAAUGCUUUAAAUGUGAUGUUUGUGAUUAUGCAUGUAAUUACAGCAGUGCUUUGAAGAGACAUAAGAGAAUACAUACAGGAGAGAAAUGCUUCAAAUGUGAUGUUUGUGAUUAUGCAUGUAAUUACAGCAGUGCUUUGAAGACACAUAAGAGAAUACAUACAGGAGAGAAAUGCUUCAAAUGUGAUGUUUGUGAUUAUGCAUGUAAGGUAAGCAGUACUUUGAAGGCACAUAUGAGAAUACAUACAGGAGAGAAAUGCUUUAAAUGUGAUGUUUGUGAUUAUGCAAGUAAUUUCAGCAGUGCUUUGAAGACACAUAUGAGAAUACAUACAGGAGAGAAAUGCUUCAAAUGUGAUGUUUGUGAUUAUGCAUGUAAGGUAAGCAGUACUUUGAAGGCACAUAUGAGAAUACAUACAGGAGAGAAAUGCUUUAAAUGUGAUGUUUGUGAUUAUGCAUGUAAUUACAGCAGUGAUUUGAAGAGACAUAUGAGAAUACAUACAGGAGAGAAAUGCUUCAAAUGUGAUGUUUGUGAUUAUGCAUGUAAUAUAAGCAGUAAUCUGAAGAAACAUAUGAGAAUACAUACAGGAGAGAAAUGCUUUAAAUGUGAUGUUUGUGAUUAUGCAUGUAAUGUAAACUGUAAUCUGAAGGCACACAUGAGAAAACAUAAAGGAUGGAAAUCCAGUUGCAGUUAAUGAGAUGUUUGUAGAUCUUACUGUUGUUUUGUUUGUCUGCAUGAUUUUCUGAAGAGACCAAUGUAGCUUACUUGCUGUAAAGUUGAUGCCUUUGAUCUGGCAUAUAAAAAACAGUAAAUGUGACACAAAUCAAUUGCAUUCUGUAUAUUAAUUGAUAUAACAAUGAUAUUAGUAAUAAUUACCAUCCAACAGAUUGCAUAUAUUUUCAAUUUACAAAACUAGUGCUAUAUUGAAAUAUGCAAAUUUACUUGAAAGUUUUUACAUUUCUGAAUUAAGAUUUUUUCGAAAAUAAGCACAUGAAAUUUUGUAUCUUAAAGCUAUUUAGUCAGGUUUACAUAUAAAUAUUAAUUUUU